CAUCGGAUCUCUUCUCCGCUGUACGGCCCAGCUUGGAACUUCUAUCUAGCUGGGUCGUCUCCGUGACUUUGACCCCCAGAUCAAAUCUUUCCACGGUUUCACACACACGCCAAGGGUUGGACAGUCCUCCCGAUCGCUGACGGAUCUCUGCCUCUGUGUCAAGAUGGAGCCCCGCAAAACCCCCCCGGAGUACAUCCUGGAGAUCUUCGCGGACACCACGACAGUCAGGGACGUGCUAAAGGGCGUCCUCAACCUGAUCUUCUUCCACCGAUACUUCCCAUCCAUCCGCCCAACCACCUUCGAUGUCCUCGACUUCACCCUCCCCGCCAUCAACGACGUGGAUCUUGAAACCCUCAUCGACUCCCGCAUCAGCGCCCUUGUCCGCCAGCACUCCUCUGCUACCAGUGCCCACGACGAGGGUGGGGGCGGCGUGCGCGGCCGCAUCGCAGUGGAAUUCUACGAAAAGCGUCGCCGCCGCACCGGAAACUGGUUUGGUGGACUCGCGGGAAAGGGCGAGGAGGAAGUGUGUUGGGAAGUGUGGAAUUUGUAUGUGACGAUAGCCACUCCCCGAACCGAAUCAGAACGCGCUAAAGUACGCAAAGCGAUGGAGAACAUGCUUCAAAAAGCUGCGUUGAAGAUCCUUGCCGUCGUUAACCGAGAAAAGGAUCAUAUCCCUCCUAUAACCACCAGCGAUUCUAAUCCGUUUCCAUAUCGCAUUGUUCUGAAUCCUCGCCCCGAUGGUUGGCAGAAUCGCUUUGGGUUAUAUUAAGCGGGUAUCCUUUACUUACACCGGGGACAUCCCCAUGAUCAUCGGCUGGGCUACGGUACCUAGAUCCGAUGUCGUCGACGAUGCGCCGGCUGCGGUGCACCUGUGAUCCGAAGGAUGGAGACCAUGUCGUGGAUGUCUAGCGACCCCAUCAUUGUCCUUGCAGCGACGGCCACUUUUUUCGUUGAUUGUACAUUACCUACCCCGCGGUCGAUCCUGGAGCCUCAUUUCUUC